UAAAGGGUCGGAUUUUUUUGAGAGAGAGCUUCUGAAACCUUGGUUUUUAGAGAGAGAGAGAGAGAGAGAGAGAGAGAGACAGAGAUGGGGAAUUGCAUGGCAGCGCCUGUUAAAUCCUCUCAGACACCAAGCACCACUAGGCAAUCUAGCCCAGGUGCUUCUAAGAAUAAUAGCAAUGAAGGGGGGUUUUCGGGCAGCAGGGACACGCACUUGAGAAGCAUGGAUGAGGCAUUUCCGGAUGGGCAGAUCCUCGCUACUCCCAAUUUGAGGAUUUUUACUUACGCCGAAUUGAAAAGUGCAACGAGGAACUUCCGAUCAGAUACUGUUCUCGGGGAAGGGGGAUUUGGGACAGUUUUCAAGGGUUGGAUUGAUGAGAAGACACUUGCCCCAUCAAAGGUUGGGAGUGGGAUGGUUGUCGCCGUGAAGAAGUUGAAUCCUGAGGGCAUGCAGGGUUUGGAAGAAUGGCAGUCAGAGGUGAAUUUCUUGGGGAGGCUUUCUCAUCCAAACCUUGUGAAGCUAAUUGGUUAUUGUUUGGAGGACAAAGAGCUCCUCCUAGUCUAUGAAUUCAUGCCAAAAGGGAGCUUGGAAAACCACCUUUUUAGAAGGGGUUCAGCUAUCCAGCCAUUGCCAUGGAGCAUACGGCUCAAGAUAUUAAUAGGUGCAGCUAAGGGCCUCGCGUUCUUGCACACAUCUGAGAAGCAAAUUAUAUUCCGUGAUCUUAAAGCAUCUAAUAUAUUGCUUGAUUUGAAUUAUAAUGCGAAAAUUUCUGAUUUUGGGCUGGCAAAACAUGGGCCAUUGGGUGAAAAUUCGCAUGUCACAACACGAGUUAUGGGCACAUAUGGAUAUGCAGCUCCUGAAUAUGUAGCCACAGGCCAUCUUUAUGUGAAGAGCGAUGUAUACGGUUUUGGGGUGGUCUUGCUAGAAAUUCUCUCAGGCCAACGAGCUCUCGACACAAACCGUCCGAGCGGUCAGCACAAUUUGGUAGAGUGGGCAAAACCAUAUCUAUCCAAUCGGAGAAAGCUAUCAAAGGUCAUGGACCCACGGAUCGAGGGCCAAUAUUCAUCCAAAGGUGCAUUACAGGCAGCUCAGCUCACUCUCAAGUGUCUUGAGUCCGACCCAAGAACCCGGCCGUCAAUGAAAGAAGUGGCGGCGGCGUUGGAGCAGAUCCAAGCCAUAAAGGACAAGCCCAAGGAGUCUAAGGCCAGCGCUGCUGCCACACGCACUGCAGGCGGUAACCAUGGUCACCAUCAUUCUCCUAUCCGUUCGCCUUGCCGUUCACCAAUUCAUCGGAAUAAUGAUGGUGCUAGAGCCCAUGCGGUCCCUCAGCUCUCCCCAAGAAGAUUGAGAUGACCUCCAACUCAAAUGGCUCUGUUGCAAGUGCAUGCACAUGUGAAUGUUCAAUUGUAUCUGAUUAUUGAACAAUUCCACCGCUUUUUAUUUUUUUCAAUGUGAAUGUUUGGAUGUUGAGGUGAUUUGUUUCAAUGGAUGAUUUUUUCUUAUUUUGUAAUGACGAGAUGGUUUGGGUUUGUAAGCACGAAUUCUACAAGUUUUGUUUUGAUUCUACAAGUUGUGAGUUUCAAAUACCAUUUGACAUC